AUGGAAACGGGGUUCCUGGGCGAGGCCCUGGAGCAGGCCAUCCUCAGCCAGGCGCCCCAGGUGGAGAAGCUCAUCGCCACCACGGCUCACGAGCGGAUGCCCUGGUACCACAGCAACCUGACGCGCGAGGAGGCCGAGCGCAAACUCUACGCGAGCUCGCAGACCGACGGCAAGUUCCUGCUGAGGCCCCGGAAAGAGCAGGGCACGUACGCACUGUCUAUGAUCUAUGGGAAAACCGUGUACCACUACCUCAUCAGCCAGGACAAGGCCGGCAAGUACUGCAUACCCGAGGGGACCAAGUUUGACACGCUCUGGCAGCUGGUGGAGUACCUGAAGCUGAAGGCGGACGGGCUCAUCUACUGCCUGAAGGAGGCCUGCCCCAACGCCAGCGCCAGCGCCAGUGCAGGGGCCGCUGCUCCCACCCUCCCCACCCACCCAUCCACGUUCACCCAUCCUCAGAGACGGAUCGACACCCUCAACUCAGAUGGAUACACCCCUGAACCAGCCCGCCUAGCAUCCCCAGAGAAGCCGCGGCCCCUGCCCAUGGACACGAGCGUGUAUGAGAGCCCCUACAGCGACCCCGAGGAGCUCAAGGACAAGAAACUCUUCCUGAAGCGCGACAACCUCCUCGUAGCUGACAUCGAACUUGGUUGCGGCAACUUUGGCUCCGUGCGCCAGGGCGUCUACCGCAUGCGCAAGAAGCAGAUCGACGUGGCCAUCAAGGUGCUGAAGCACAGCACAGAGAAGGCGGACAAGGACGAGAUGAUGCGCGAGGCCCAGAUCAUGCACCAGCUGGACAACCCCUACAUCGUGCGGCUCAUCGGCGUCUGCCAGGCGGAGGCCCUGAUGCUCAUCAUGGAGAUGGCGGGCGGCGGGCCGCUGCACAAGUUCCUCACCGGGAAGAAGCGGGAGGGGCCCUGUUACUCACGCGUGCACUUGGCUCUGCUCGAGCAGAAGAUGAAGGGGCCCGAGGUCAUGGCCUUCAUCGAGCAGGGCAAGCGGAUGGAGUGCCCGCCAGACUGUCCGGCUGAAAUGUACGCGCUCAUGAACGACUGCUGGAUCUACAAGUGGGAGGACCGUCCGGACUUCCUGACUGUGGAGCAGCGCAUGCGGACCUACUACUACAGCUUGGCGAGCAAGGCUGAGGGCCCCCCGGAGAGUGAGAAGGGGGCCAAAGCUGCCAGUGCCUGAGCACCCCCUGCCCAGGGCCUGCGGGCCCCUAGGCCCAGCCUUUCCUCUGUGCCUUCAGCCCCAUCCCAGGAUCCAGUGUGGCCGGGCCAGGCCAGUUCCUCCCCGCAGCUGGGCUGUGAGUGGGAAGCUGAGGCCGAGGCCCACACUGGUUAGGCAUGUCCUACCUGGUCACCCAUCCUUUCUGGCUGCGGGAGGAGGGAUGCCCUGAGAUGGGGGUGGGGUUGUGUAGCCUGGCCCUGGGCGGGUAUGUACUGGGGGGCCCUGAGCCGAGGGGUGCUUACAACAAGGAUCCUCCUUCCUCACCCUGAAGGGGAGGACUCUGGGAGUCUUCAGGUGGCAAGACCUUAACCACGGAAUAAAUCAGCUUCUCUCUUG